GUCAGCUGACUCUGCUGUAAUAAAGUUUGGCUUUUCUAACCAUAAACAGUUUAUCUGUACAUCAACGUCAAAAAGAAAACCCAGCGCUAUAUGCAAAUUCUGCAACGCAACGCUCACUGAGGCUGCUGGAACCACAUCAAACUUUUAUCGACACCUGGAGAGGAAGCAUAAAGAAAGGCUUCUUCAGCAAACUAACACAAACCAAGAAACUGACUCAAGAUCACCGUGUCCUUAUGUAAAGGUAUCCGGUGUAGAUAUCCUCCUGUGUCACUGAGGCGGAUCGAAGAGUCACAGUCCCAUAAGCAACACUAUUUCCCAGCGCACCAGUGGGUACACAAAGGGAUCUUCAGUCAGGGCUCAACACUCAGAAAUCGGGUGAUGGAUGUGAUUUGAAAGUGUGAGAGUGUGCUGACAGGAGGUUGAGCACAGGGAUGUGAGCGGAUCAGUAAAGAUGACCCUGUUGGCGGGCGAUGGCUCCGACUAUGACUACAGCGCCCUGAGCUGUGCCUCUGAUACCUCCCUCAACCGGCCUCCCCAGCACGAGGAGGAGGCUCAUAAGGGGGCUUUCUACAAGAGGGCCCAGCCUGCCCCAGAGCUCAGCACCAUCCAUGAGAACGUCCCCCUGUCCAGCGCCCGCAAACUCCACGCCAUCAUCAAUGUGGGCGGCCUGCGGUACCAGCUGCCUUGGACCACCUUAGAGGACUUCCCCCUGUCUCGGCUGGGUCAGCUGCACCUCUGCAGCAGCUUCGACGAGAUCAUGCGCAUCUGUGACGACUACGAUGUCACCCACAAUGAGUUCUUCUUUGACCGCAGCCCCUGUGCCUUCCGGACCAUCCUGACCUUCCUGAGGGCCGGUAAGCUGCGCUCCCUCAGGGAGAUGUGCGCCCUCUCCUUCAGGGAGGAGCUGCUCUACUGGGGGGUUCCUGAGGAGAGUCUGGAGUGGUGCUGCCGGAGGAGGCUGCUGCAGCGUAUGGAGGAGUUUGAGGCGAUGGAGAGAGCGGAGGAGGAGGAGGAAUUCCUGGAGGAUCUUUUGGAUUCAGACAGUGGUCAGGGGGAGUGCGUAGAAGAGUCCAGACUCAACCGCUGCAUGGGGAAGCUAAGAGACAUGGUGGAGAGGCCUCACUCUGGUCUCCCAGGGAAGAUCUUUGCUUGUUUGUCAGUGUUGUUUGUCACCAUCACUGCUAUCAAUCUAUCCAUCAGCACCAUGCCUGCCAUGAGGGAGGAGGAGGAGGCAGGAACAUGCUCCCGAAUGUGCUACAAUAUCUUCAUCGUGGAGACUGUGUGUGUAGCCUGGUUCUCCCUGGAGUUCACCCUGCGCUUCAUUCAAGAUCGCAACAAGCUGACCUUCCUUAGACAGCCCCUGAACCUGAUCGAUGUGGUGGCCAUCCUGCCGUACUACAUCACGCUGCUGGUGGACAACACCUCCACGGGGGAGAAGCGGCUGGGCUCUGGCAGCAGCUACUUGGACAAAGUGGGCCUGGUGCUGCGUGUCCUGAGGGCCCUGCGCAUCCUCUAUGUGAUGCGGCUAGCUCGCCAUUCACUGGGCCUGCAGACUCUUGGCCUGACAGCACGCCGCUGCACUCGAGAGUUCGGACUGCUCCUCCUGUUCCUCUGUGUGGCCAUCGCACUGUAUUCCCCCCUGUUGUACUUGAUUGAGAAUGAAAUGGCCACCACACAGGAGUUCACUAGCAUCCCUGCUACGUAUUGGUGGGCUGUCAUCACCAUGACAACAGUGGGCUACGGGGACAUGGUGCCAAGGAGCAUCCCAGGUCAGGUGGUGGCUCUGAGCAGCAUCCUAAGUGGAAUCCUCCUGAUGGCCUUCCCCGUCACCUCCAUUUUCCACACCUUUUCACGUUCCUACGUGGAGCUGAAGCAGGAGCAGCAGAGGCUCCUGCAGAGGAGGACGCACUUCCUGCUGCGGAGCCGCAUGGCCGGCUUGGGCAGCAACCUGUCCUUAGAGAGUGAUAUGCUCUUCCCCAUAGGGUCGUCUGAUGCCAGAGACAUGGACGACUGAGAGAGCUGAGAGUAGGACUGAACGAAAUGAUGAAGAAGGACACACUGUAUGUGUAAGAAAGAGAGGUAGAUAGCCUGACAAAGAAGGCAUCAGAGAAAAUAAGGGUGCAGAGAAAGGACUAUACAUAGACGGGUUAAAAAAAAAAAAAAAAAAAGAUGAAGAGGUGACAAGGAUUUUUUUCUUCCCAGAAAUGCAGCUCAGUGUGUAGCAGUGUUCACUUAAACAAGAAGGAUACACAAGAAGGAGGAGGAAAAGGAUAGAAAUAAGUGUUUCCAUUCAAAAUAACCUCUGGAUAGUUGUUAGUCCAGUUCACAAAAAAAAAAAACAUACAUAAACCUCAAGCAUAACAAUUACUUGUAAGAUUGGAACAGUCAUAUAUUAUAAUACACGAUCAUUUAGAGAUGCUAUUUGACAAAAGACUCAACUGAAGGCACAAGCAGAGCAUUCUUAUAUUUCAGCAACAUUGUAAUGUUUCCUAUCUCUGAUUUCUGCCGACAUUUAAACGGAGUUGUUGACGUUAUGUGCUCCUGGGAGUUAGCCAUUUCCACUUAAUGGAAAAUUCUGUUUUACUAAGUCCCAAAAGUAAAAUGAAAUUUCUUUGAAGCUAAAAUGUGACCCUUGAUCCAAUGAUUGUUUUCUAAAUGACUAAGAAAACUCUUAGAAUUAUACUGGGUUUCUUAUUAACCCCCCCUCUGGCACAGCCAGCAUCAACAUAUUAAUUAUGAUGUGUUAAUUGUCCUUCUUCGACUUCUUGAGGCUCCAUAUGCAAUUUUGAAUACUCACUGAAGAUAACAUUAUUGUGCUUGUAAUUACUGCAGUUGCUGUGCAUAGCUGUUUAUAAAUUAUUUCUCUCCUUAAAGCGGAUUUAAAUGCAA